UCCAACAGUGUGUCACCGGCGUUAUCAGCGCAAGCAAAUUGGGCUCACCAAUCGCUGGAACUUUUCAGAAAUAUUUCCGGGUGAUCUGUUGGGACUUGCCCAGGACUACAAGUCAACACAAGUUUUCCUUAAUGAGUCGCUAAAGGCUAUUCUGACAGAUGAAACGCCGAUGGCCCUCAGUGAGGACCUGGAGCCCCAGGACCUAAGCCCUGAAGCCCCGUUUCCAAGCACCUUCCUGCCACCCCUGCCAGAGACGAAGACCAGCAAAGAACUCGUCGCUGAGACCAAUUCACCCUGUCAACAUUUAACUGUCACCCCAAAUGAUUUGCUGGGCUCUUACAUCCAGAAGGUUACACAAGGAAGAGAGCCAGAUGUAAUCCUAGAGUGCCUGGGGUUUUCCUGGGAAUUGCACCGGGCUUACCUGUGCAAGUCCGAAACACUGUCCAAGCUUUUCACCUGGGCCAUGGCCCGUGCCAACCCACAUGACCUGGAAAGCCUGAAUAGACACAGGAAAGCUGGAGCCAAACUCUCAAGGACAAUUACUGGGAAAGACAGAGAAGACAAAGAAAAAACCAAAACAAGGAAAAUAAAAAUAUCAUUGGAGAUUCAUGACCCACUUAUCACUAAAAUAGCAUUUGCUGUUGCCCUCAAGAAUCUCUACAGCAUUGAGUUGGACGUGAGCAUGGAAGAUGUCCUGGGAGUCAUGGCAGCCGCCUCAGUCCUGGAGUUCCCGAGCCUCUUUCAAAAGUGUGUGAUCAUGAUGAAGAAUGGGAUUUGCUCAGCCACCAUUUACAGUUUUUAUUCUGCUGGUUGCAAGUUCAAGCAGGAGUUGCUUGUCAAUGCCUGCGAGAGGUGGCUAGAAGUGAAUUUGGUCCCUCAGCUUGGGCGUCAAAUCCAUCUCCGGAAACUCUCGCAAGAGCUGCUCCAGAAGGUCCUCAGGUCUUCCAGCAUCUGGUGGCAGCCACUGUCCUGUGAAAAUGGAUCGCUGAAGGUUGUUUACCUUUAGUGAGUUCUACCUUCUGAGGACCACGCUUUUCUGGGUUUUUCUGCAGCUGAAUCCCCAAAUCACCUAAUUCCGAAUUAUGAAAGUGUCUUGCCUAUUUCAACAGGUAACUU